AUGGACAAGUGUUGUGCCUCUGAGCGUGACCGGGGACGUCAGGCACAAGCAGAGCUGGCGCGGAGAGUACGCUUCGAUGGAGAGGACGCCUCGAUGAGCUCGCUGGAGAAGGUCCAAGUGCUACGGCGCGCCAGCAGGACACCGGCUGGAGCAGCGACCGAGUCCUCCAAAUCAGCGCCUGCCGCGCCCGAGACCGAGCCCAAGGCACCGGAGGUCUCUGCCCAGGCUGCAGCUGCAGAGGUUCAGGCAGCGCAGGCCCGGUCUUCGGCGGCACGACAGAAGGGCGCCCGGCUCUUGAAGGCUGGCAUCAAGACGGGCGAGGUGAGUAAGUUGGUGGACGCCAAGGAAGCCGAAGAAGAGGCCGCGAAAGCCGCGAAGGCGCCUGCGGCCCCCACGCCAGAAGAGGCCUGCUGUCACACUGGAAUCGGCCUGGAGAUGGGUCAUCGAAUCAUCGAAGAAACCUGA